CAUGCAUGGUGAGGCAGCGUGAAUUCUAUUUCAGAUUUUAUGUGAGAGCAGAUGUGUCCUAUCCACUGGUUUGAGCAGUCCUUGUCAUGGGGGAUGGAGCUUGAUGCAAACUAAAGGCACCGUGAUGACAUAAGAGAGGCAGGAAGGGGGUUAAAAAUGUGAUGCUGUCACCCACGUUGUAGCAGAGGACAAUUCUGCUGAUGAACUUUGGCAGUGGCUUCAGAACAGCAGUCUGGGGGAUCUGUCCAAAAUAGAGGUGUUGGACAUCUCCUGGUUUACUGAGUGCAUGGGAGCUGGGAAGCCGGUUCAGGUUGAAGCCAGGCAUUGCCUUGUAUCAAUAAAUACAUCUGGGUGCUGGUUAUGAGGACUAUCCAUCUUAUCUUACGCGAGAAAACCCUCUAGUUCCCUUUAUUGUGGAAAUCUCGACAUCUGUGGAAAUGAAUGUCUUUCACUGAGUGGAGUUGAAAGAAGAGUGUUGAAGUAUUAAUUUUGCUGGAACAAAAGAACCAUCAACACAUAAAAGCUGCCCUGUGAUUGAUCAGUACCUGGAACCCAGUACUGUGGAGACCGUAUCUCAAUAUGCAUGUCAGAGAAGAACCACAAUGGAGAACCACAACCAAAUAUUCACGGAUGCAUUUGCAAUUCUGGCAGAAAACGCUGAGUUCAAUGAGAGUGAAGGACCCUGUCUGGCAUUCAUGAGGGCAGCUUCUUUGCUGAAAUCUCUGCCUCAUGCGAUCAGCUCUUCAAAAGACCUGGAAGGCCUGCCUUGUCUUGGAGACCAAACAAAAGCUGUCAUUGAGGAUAUUCUUGAAUAUGGACAAUGCUCUAAAGUUCAGGAUGUAUUAUGUGAUGAUAGAUACCAAACUAUAAAGCUGUUUACAAGUGUUUUUGGAGUUGGUCUGAAAACUGCAGAGAAAUGGUACCGAAAAGGAUUUCACUCGCUUGAGGAAGUUCAGGCUGACAACGCCAUACAUUUUACAAAAAUGCAGAAAGCAGGUUUUCUGUACUAUGAUGAUAUUUCAGCUGCUGUCUGUAAAGCAGAAGCCCAAGCAAUUGGACAGAUUGUAGAAGAAACAGUUCGCUUGAUUGCGCCAGAUGCAAUCGUGACUCUGACUGGUGGCUUUAGAAGGGGAAAGGAGUGUGGCCAUGAUGUGGAUUUUCUAAUCACCACUCCUGAGAUGGGGAAGGAGGUGUGGCUGCUCAAUAGAUUGAUUAACAGACUGCAAAAUCAGGGCAUUUUGCUGUAUUAUGAUAUUGUUGAAUCUACAUUUGACAAGACCAGACUGCCGUGCAGAAAGUUUGAGGCAAUGGAUCACUUUCAGAAGUGCUUCGCUAUAAUCAAACUGAAGAAGGAGCUGGCGGCCGGCAGAGUGCAGAAGGACUGGAAAGCCAUACGAGUGGAUUUUGUUGCCCCCCCUGUGGAUAAUUUCGCUUUUGCACUCUUGGGCUGGACAGGCUCAAGGCAGUUUGAGCGAGACCUGAGAAGAUUUGCACGCCAUGAGAGGAAGAUGCUACUGGAUAACCAUGCCCUUUAUGACAAGACUAAGAAAAUAUUCCUUCCAGCAAAGACUGAAGAAGACAUUUUUGCUCAUUUGGGACUUGAUUACAUAGAUCCAUGGCAAAGAAAUGCUUAAGAGAGUCCCAGCUGAUUAUUAGCAUCUACAGAUAUCGAUUUUGUCCACCAUUUUGAUUUGCAAUUAUUUUCACAGACAUUAUUUUUUUAGCUCUAUUACUAGUAGUUCAGUUUAAGGAAGGGGAACCUGUAAGCCAUUUUUAUUUUCCCCUUUCUAUCUUUGUUUUGCCUGUAUUAUUGCUCUUCUGCUCAUUGCCUCUAUCAUGAGCUCGUCAGGAAGAAGGAUUGUGUGUGUUUCUUUCACUGUGACUGACAUACUGUAAGGAGUCGAUAUUUGUGGUGCAAAGAAAUCCACCACAUAUGUGCCUAUCAAUACAAUGGAAUCCUGAUUUCUAGGUCAUUAUCUUAUGAACAAGCUCAUAAAGACCAUUAAAUCAGAUUUUGUGCCUGUGUUCUCCAAAGAGAUUUGCAGUUUGGAUUCAGUGGGCUUAGGUCAUUCAUGAUAAAACACAUUCAAACCAGAAACAUUCAACCAGAACAUACACAGUAGUUAAAACAGGGUUUAGAAGUAAUUCAGAUUUAAAUUAGAUUUAAUGAGAUAUUAAUGGAAGUCAUGUACAGUAAGUGUCUCACAUAGCCAGAUAAACCAUAUUUACAUUCUAUCACUGGCAGUAUAUGAUAUUGUGACUUUAACUGUUAAUGUCAUUACUAUCCCUUUAGCAAAGACCUCUAAUUCCCCUGAUGUUAUUACUGUUACAUACUAAGAUCUACAUGUCCACAAAUCAUGAAGACUGCAGCUAAUCUAUUCUAAUUAUGAAAACGUAUCCAAAGUCUCUAGAGCUUUCUCAAGCUGGAGUGCAUCAUCUGAUCAUAUUAACACACGCCUUAGGUCCUGCUAAACCCUUGUGUUUUGCUAGCUGAAAAUGUGAUUGCAUGUUUUAAUGUUGUAAACUAAUGUUGGUUUCCAAGCUUAAUGGAAUAGCAUACCCCCAUUCUACUGCUUCUGCUUGAGAAAGUCCCCUGACAUAUUAGAGAAGCAAGAUGGAUCACCCCAGCAACCGCUGACUUGUUAAAUAUCCUGUAAAAAGGUGUACUGUUUGCAUAGAAUAACAAAGCCAUUUGUAGCAUUUAAGAUUCCUUUCACAACCUGGCACAAUUCAUAAUCUACUGACACAUAAUAUUAAUUAAUAUCAAAAAUUGAUUUGCUGCUCUAUCUUUUUAAGUUAUUUAAAAAAAUGCAUUUUUUUGCAUGCAGAAGGUAAAUAAAAAUGAAAUACAGCAAGGACUAGAAUUUUUAGUGAACCCAGAAUGUAAAGGUGUUAAAUUUCAGGAUUCGGUGGACUACAGUCAUGUGAGAAAUUCUCAACAUCUAUCAAUCGAUCCAUAUUUCAGUCCACUUGUUCUGCUGAGAGUCUCAAAGGGAUCAUGCAUAAUAGGUACAUGCAGGACCCAGUGGCAUUCCAGCAGCUAGAUUUUCUGCUGUCCCUUAGAUCUAAACUUCACUGGUUCCAUUCUGGAUUCACAGUUUGAAAUGCAUCAUCUCAAUAAGGAAUAUCUAAUGAGCACCGAUGGUGAAGUUUUGAAUUCUCUUAGGCUUACACAGGAGAAAGAAAACACAAACUGGAAAGUGUUAUUAAUAUGAGAAGGAAUAAAUAACUGGUGAUUACAAAGUUAUACAACAAAUCAUAUUACAUGGAUUUUAUUAGUGAAAAAUAAUACCACAUCUCCAUGCUUAAUCAUUUAUGUCAGUAUGUUGCAUUUUAAUUCCAGAAACAAAUAAUAAUAAUGUCAUUCUCACAAGGUACUAUUGUGGCAUGUUUCUUUUGUCCUCACUAUACCUGAAUCUAAACAUAUAUAAAAAUAUAGAUUUUCUCAUUUUAAAACCAUAGGAAAGAUUUUACAAAAACUAUGAUGGCACUGUCUUUUGUUUUAUUGGGUUGCUUUUAGUACAUGAGGAGGACACACUUACAUUACAUGCAUUUUCAUAAAAUUUAUCUGAUAUUAUACAGUAUUGGGCUGAUUUAGGAGUUACAACAGUUGUUACAAUUAUUGUGACCAAGUGCAAAUUUAAAGGUAAAGCAGUGGAUUUAAAGCAAUAGAUAGUGGGAAAUGACAUUUCUGCAAGUUUUUUUUCUCAUUUCCUUAUCAAAACUUUUAAUCAGAAACAAAUAUUGAUUCACAGGUAGAUACUGUCCUGAGAUUGUUGAAGUAAGCAUAGGAUUUAAUAGAUUUCAGGGAAUGCCAUGAUUCAGGAUAUUAAACUUUCAAGAGUAUAUGCUGAGAAUGGUUACUGUGUGUGUAAGUGCAAGAUAGCAUCAUUUGAAGUAGUAUGAUACAAGGCAUUAAAUUACAGAAAAACACAGUGGUAAAAUGAAAAAUAAAACAUACCUGCAUCAUCCGUCAAUAGAUUUUGUUUCAAAAUGUGUACACUUGUCUAGCUUAUAACACAAUGUAUAGAAAAGUAAAAACUACUUCCAGAUUAACAGGAUAACAAACAGCUCCAUGUGCCGAGCAAGUCUGUGCUUUCAUUUCUAGCUGUUAACUUGUUUUUAUGUGCUUCCAAGAAAAAGAUAUUUCUGCACACAGACAUUUUAAUUUUCAAGGGAAAAUAAUUAGAAAUCAGGCUACCAAAUAUAUUACUGCUGAUUACUUGUCUUCUUUAUUUAAUGGAAUAAUUCAUGUAGAAACCACGAUGAGAGUGAUUUUCAAAGCCCUCCACCCCAUGGAAAUACUAUGCUCCCAAAUUUCAAAAAGCAAAAUUGUAGAAAUACCAGGGUGCAAGCCUAACAUGAAAUAGCAUAAGUACGUGAAAAAGAAAUUAGGUUUGUUUUUAUAUUAAAUAUACCUUGGGAAUUUUUACUGCUAUUUAGUUGGGGAUUGACAAAAGUGGAACAAAUUAUGUGCUGAAGCACAAGCUGUGAAAGUUGUCCUGAUUAUUUUUUUUCUAUAGGGAUAACAGAUAACAGAAAAUUAUGUGUUGAAAUAGCUAAGUUGUGAAUUCACAUAAAUUCAAGAUCAUAUAGUUUAAUUCUGAAAUGCGUGCAAAGAUUACAUUUGGGUUUUGUUUCAUUGCACAUGCCAAGCCAAGGACAACACAAAGAGAAUAAUAACAGCAUGUUUAUUGAAUACAAAUUCUAUUAUUUGUCUAAGUUUGACUAAGCAUAAUAAUUACGAUUUAUUGUUAUUUAAUAUGUACCAUUACAU